ACGAGAGAUGAGCAUCCACCGCGGCACCACGCGUCACGUGAUCAUCCUGUCUGCUGCUGGCCGAGUGAAGCGUGUUAGCAGAUUUUUCUAUUUUGUACAUACAGAGUUUUGUAUAUACUGUAUAUGAUGAGCUCGCUGGGCGGCGACAAGGCCCGGAGCCCUCGGGAAAAAGCGCUGCCAGCUUCCGCUCACACAUCACAACCACAGAAACAAAUACAGGCUACUGCUGAGCAGAUCCGGCUUGCUCAGAUGAUCUAUGACAAGAAUGAUGCUGACUUUGAGGGCAAAGUUAACCAGCUGAUGGAAGUGACGGGGAAAAACCAGGAUGAGUGCAUGGUUGCGCUCCAUGAUUGCAAUGAGGAUGUCAGCAGAGCCAUCAACUUCCUCCUGGAGAGCAACACAGACAUGACCUCAUGGGAAACAGUGGGAAAGAAGAAGCCCUUGGUGAAAGAAGGCCCAUCAGAAAGCAAGGAGAACAAGGAGAACCGGGAGAAGAAGGGCGAAAGGGAGGCUAGCAAGGGUCGUGCCACUGGCAACCGCAAAGGCAAAGGGGCCAGUCGGAGCCGACAGGCACGUCCAGAGGAGAACGGUGUUGAGGUGACACCAGUGGACAAAGGCUCUGAUCGAGGUCGGAGGGUCAAAGGUGGAAGAGGAUCUGGAGUUCGAGGUCGAGGGAGAGCACCAACAGGAAGCAGGUUUUCAGCCCAGGGGAUGGGGACUUUCAAUCCUGCUGACUAUACCUCAGAGGCUCGGACAGGGACCACACAAACAGAGGUUUGGGACACAACGACCAACAACAGCACAGAUGGAACAGUUGCCUGGAGGAAUACUUUGGAAGACUGGGCAGCUGAGGAUUGGAGUGAGGAUGUUAGUCUCUCAGAGACCAAAGUGUUCACCUCCUCAUGUGCACCUGCUGCUGAGAACCACAUCACCCCUGGGCAAAGUCUGGACCUCGCUUCUCUGCUGCAGAAGCCUGUGGUUGGAGCAAGAGAACCACCUUCUUCUUCCUCUCAGAGUCUGGUCUUUACCAACUCCCAUCAUCACCAGCAGCAGCCCCACAGCCGCAGUGCCACCAGUAGCACAAGCUACGCACAUGCUGCUCUGUCAUCAGUGCUGGGAGCUGGUUUUGGGGACUUGGGCCAGGCUAAAAGGACUCAGGCCAGCCCUGGAGCUCAGAUACUGGAACAGCUGAAGGGUCCUGGCUUGGGUCAGCUUUCCUCAUCCCAGGCAACCCCUCCUGUCAGUAGCCAAGGAAGCAACACUUCUAUUGGUCGACUGCCAGGCCUGGGAGCACCUGUACCUCCACCCUCCUCCUCUAGCUGGGACAUGAAGACUUCAGAAUCCAACACCACCUCACUGUCCUCACAGUACAGCCGUGAGUUUGGUCUGCAGCCAGAGCCUUCUCUUGUGCUGAGUCAGCUGGUUCAGAGGCACACGGGCCCCUCCUUGCCUUUGGCGCGUCAGACGAGUCCACAAUCGCAACAGCAAGCACCAUCUGCUUCAGCCUCGCCUGCUCCCCAACACACCAGCACUCCAGCACAGGCAGGCCCGGUGAUGGCUCCUGCUGGUGCUAAACCUCUUGCCCCGAAUGCAGGGCUGGACCCUCAGGGCAACAGCACGACACAGCAGCAACGGGUACAGCUCAAAGGCCAGAAACGAAGGAUACCUCCCACGUCAAAGAUCCCAUCCACUGCAGUAGAGAUGCCAGGCUCAGCAGAUGUUCCUGGACUGAACCUCCAGUUUGGAGCACUAGACUUUGGCUCGGAAUCGGCGUUGCCAGAAUUUGGAGUCGUGGAUAAUUGCGUGAGUGCAGCAUCGAGGGAGUCCGCGUCGGCCCCUGCCUCAGCACCACCUGCAACAGGACCGGGGGCACAGAGCCAGACGAGCCUGUACUCUAAACCGCUCAGUGAGUCACUGGGCAGCCCUCUCUCGGUGGCCCUGUCUUUGCCCCUCUCCUCAUCAGAGCCAGUUUAUCACUCCUCCACAGUGGCUUUGCCGAGUCUCACCUCCUCAUCGUUAGGGACCGCAAGCUCAACCAACACUCCUUCCCCCUCUUCAACAACCUCAACCACCUCCGCCUCUGUACCUUCCUCAUCUCCCUUCUCCACGGUGGGGGGGAGCUAUGAUGGGACCAUGCCCCCUCACACAAGACUGGCAUUUUCUCAGAACAAAGAGGCCACGGGGCCAGUGAUGAACGGUUUGAAUGGUGUGAGGACUUCUGCUGCUCUGGACACUUCAUCAGCUUCUUCUACACCAAAACCAGAGUCACCGUCUAUGAACAUCAGCACCAACGGCGCCUCAGCUCCUUCCUCCCAUUUACCGUCUACCAUGCCUCCACACAGCUCCACCACGCUCUCCGGCCUGGCAGCGGACCUGCCCUCAGUCAGCCAACUCAACUCACUCAACAGUCAUGUCAGCAGUCAUUCCUCAGUUUCAGCUCUGGGCUCCAGCUCUCACACUUACACCAGUGUUGACAGCAGCAAUGUGAGCUCUCUGGCUCCCUCAUCUGGCUCUUACACGUCAUCCCAACCCACAGCCUCAGCACUCCACUCAGCCCACAACAGCAGCAACAGUAGCAGCAGCAUCAGCCACCUGUCCAACAUGCCCAGCAUGGGCAACAACAUGAGCAGCACAGUUGGCGGUAUUGCUGGUACGAGUGGACUUCACUCAGCUGCUACCGCCACCAGCAGUACAGUACUGGGACUUGGCUCCAAUGGAGCUACUGCCACAUCCAACCUCUCUGCUCCAAGGACUACACCCCUGCUCUCCUCCUCCACUGGUAAAGCUCCUCCUAACCUGUCCCAGGGUGUGCCUCCUCUACUGCCCAACCAGUACAUUAUGGGCCCGGGGGGGCUGCUGCCUGCUUACCCACAGAUCUAUGGCUAUGAGGACCUGCAUAUGCUCCAGUCGAGACUGCCAAUGCCCUCUUUGCAGGAUUACUAUGGAAUAACAUUCCCUGGCCCCGCAGCAACUCUUUCCGGCAGAGACGGGAGCCUUGCCAACAACCCUUACUCAGGUGAAGUCACAAAGUUUGGCAGGAAUGACUCCACCUCCCCAGCUCCCCCCACAAGCCUUGCGGCGCCGCAGCCUCCCCAGGCUCAGAGCCAAGGACAGAACCAGGCGCAGCCUCAGCCUCCUCAGGCCCAGCCUCAGCCCCAGGGCCAGCCACAGCACCACAGCAGUCAGCAGGCCUUUCUGCCGCCAGGCUACAGCUACACAGGCCUGCCUUACUACCCUGGAGUGCCCGGUGCCGUACCUAGUGCUGCUACCUUCCAAUAUGGCCCCACCAUGUUUGUUCCUCCUGGAGGGCCAGGACCAGCUUCGGCCAAGCAGCACAGCAUGGGCCUCGGCCUGGGAAACCCUUCGGCUAGCCCCUUCCAGCAGCAGACACAGCAGCAGCCCAGCGGCUAUGGCCAGCACACCUUCAGCUCAGGGUACGAAGAGCUGACAGCAGGGCCGGCGGGAGUGGAAUACAGUAAAGGGUACAACUCCUCUUCACAGGCACAAGCCAAAUCUGCUGCUACUGGCCCCGGGAAAGGGGUCUCAGUGACAUCCAGUAACUCCGGUGUGCCAGACAUCAGUGGAAGUGUUUACAAUAAGACCCAGUCUUUUGAUAAGCAGGGUUUCCAUGCAGGAACCCCUCCUCCCUUCACUCUGCCAUCAGCGCUGGGGGGUCCAGGGCCUCUGAACCCUGGAGCAGCUCCUGGAGGCUAUGCACCUGCCCCAUUCCUCCACAUCUUGCCUCACCAGCAACCACACUCACAGCUGCUGCACCACCAUCUUGCUCAGGAUGGACAGGGUGGUCCGAGCCAGCGCGGCCAGUCCAGUAGCCUGCAGCAGAAGAGCCAAGUCAACAAGUCGGGCUACGGCAGCUCCCCUUACUGGGCCAACUGAGAACGACCACACCAGUAUAUCUGACUGACAAGAUCAUAGAGGGACAAACGAUUUACAACACAAGCUAAAACACACACACUACCACCACCCCCCUCCCCUUUGCUCUGUAUAUCCCCUUUUCAAAUUUAUGGCUGUUGUAUGUAAAAUAUAUUUAUGUAUGUAUUUAUACAGUAUAUAUGUAUUGGUAGGACAUAAAAUGUGGUUUUCUGCAUUUUUUUUAUUUUGAAGGACAUUUUAUUUCAAAAUAAUGGAAAGAUGAGAAUGCUAAAUCAUGGAGAUGAAGAUGGUGAAUAUACUUGAACACAAGCAUCUUGUGAUGUGGAUUUUUUUUGUAUGCAUACAUGAACUGAGAAUGAUGUACAUAGAUUAUACCCAUCAUUUUCAUGGCAAAAGCCUUUUUUUAAUUUUAGAAGAAAUAUUUUUUUUGUAACUUUGGUCUCCCGCAUCUGUGAAUCCUUAUAUUGAGGGUGACUUGAGUUGAUAGCUAGACUUUUCUUUUACCCCGUUUCCUUCCAUUUGUCUCUCAUUCCCUGACUCUUACUAGUUGGUUGGCUUGACCAGCCAGGCCUUGGAUUUGAUGUCAUUUUAACAUUGGUUUAAUCCUUGUUGUCCAAAUUAAAAUUAAUGAACAGUU